AUGUUGGCGUGUAAUAGAAUUUCUAUGAAUCGAUCUCUAAGUCAUUUGGUCGAAUAUCGCCGUGGGCACUCCGAUGGCUUGCGGAGAUUCCCAAUUUACGUAUCACAAGACUGCAAUGAUGAAAAUGUCUUGACUUUACUGCGGUCAUAUGGCGAUCAAAUCAAUAUAUUGAAUCAGCCUGAUCAUUCAGAGUCCAGCUUUCAAAAUAUCAACCAAAAUUUAAAAGGCAUAAUAUCACGCAAUUACAAAUGGUCCCUGGGUCAGAUGUUUGAUGAGCGCAAAUACAACUUAACAAUCAUCGUUGAGGACGAUCUAGAUGUAGCGCCCGAUUUUUUCGACUACUUCAACUCACUUGCACCUCUCCUGAUAGAAGAUAAAUCCCUCUUCUGUAUUUCAGCUUGGAAUGAUAAUGGUAUACCAACGCUUAUCGACAAGUCACGGAAUGACCUCCUUUAUAGGAGUGACUUCUUUCCUGGUCUGGGUUGGAUGCUCACACGACAGCUGUGGGACGAAGAGUUGCGGGAAAAGUGGCCGGCGGCCUACUGGGAUGAGUUCAUGCGCACGAGGGCAGUGCGCCGCGGCAGGGCAUGCAUUCGACCUGAGGUCUCGCGCUCCCACACUUUCGGUCAAAAGGGCGUCUCCAACGGCCAAUUUUUUGACUCCUACCUACGUUUCAAUCACCUCAAUGACAAAUCCUUUGUUUUUAAUUCCUCCCUCCUACGUAUAACCCUCAAACCUGAUAUUUACGAUCCUCAAUUCCUUACUGAGGUCUAUAACAAAUCAGUGUUGUUGGAUAAUCUCUCUCAACUUCCACAUUUGGCCCAAACUCCGCCUCAGGACACUACGUGUCGGUUUGAGUACAAAACACAAGCGGAUUUUGUUGCUGCGGCUCGAUUGCUGGGAGCAAUGGAGGAUUUCAAGGAAGGUGUUGCACGGACUGCAUAUAUGGGCAUAGUCUCAAUAUUCUUCCGUGGCAGACGUAUCUACUUGGCGCCGGGAGGCUCUCGGGGCUGGAACAAUAACGAAUACCCCGAUUGGAAAUGA